AUGCACUUCAUCCUCCUCUCUACCACCUUCCUCCUCGCCUUCACCGCCUCCGCCUUCACCAUCACCCCUCGUGACGAACCCUCCAACCCCGUCACAGACCUCGACCUCACAGACGACUACUCCACCCUCCUCGCCCACAACCUCAUCACCGCCCUCGCCCUGCACCAACAACAGGCCGGUGAAGACGACGAUGACCUAUCUACCCUCUCCGUCCGUGAUAUCCCCGACUCCCAGGACGUUGAGAUCGACGAAGACCUCCUCGAGGCUCUCCUAAACGACGAUGACAUCGUCGCCGCCCUCGCCGCCCGCUCUCUCCCUCCCGACUCCCCGGCUCACGACCUCAUCGCUCGCGAUCCCGGCUUCCUCGAUUCCGUCAAGGAGAAAGCUCGGAAGGCCGGCAAGGCCAUCGGCGAUUUCGUCGAGGAUACGAAGGAUCUUCUGCGUGAUGCUAAGGACGGCCUUAUCGGGAAGUGCAAUGUUGUGAGCUGUGGUUCUGCGCUUGGCCCUGCUACCGUGGCUUGUCUCAAGGCGGCGGCGAAGAGGGGGACUAGUUUGGUGGCUGAUUUGUCAUGUCUUGACAAGGCCCUCAAGGCUCAGAAGAAGGUUCCCAAGGCUUGCGGCGGCUGCCCUUCCGCCAUCAAGAAGCAUUACUCUUGA